UUGUACUAAUUUUUGUUUUGUUGCUCGGCAUAAGCAUGCAUAAAAUAGCUGCCUAUAGUAAUUUUGACAUAACGAAAAAAGGUCGAAAAGUAAAGGCUAUCAGAAGCGUGCUUCAGAUAUUAUUACAAGUUAAAAUAUAGCAAUAAUUAUUUUAAAAAAUAUUCAAAAUUGAAUUUGAAUUUUGUAUUAAACGGAAGUAAAACGUACAACAAAGUUUUAACGGAAAUCAUUAAGUCCAAAGUUUUGAUUUGUAAAUUAAGAACAUUAAGCGAAAAUGAAUAUUUCAAAAACUAAUGUUAAUGGCUUGACCGGCGCUCAAGUAUUGACAGCAAGUGGAACACUCUCUCAACCAAGUAGGCAGUCCCACCAAAUCAGGGAAUCAACUGUGGCUAUGGCGAAACCACUGCAUUUGCAACGCUUAGAACGAGCAUUGGAUAUGAAACCAUUUAUGAAGUAUGCGCGUGAAAUUUUAGCCAAACCAUUAAGUAGUGAAGAUGAUAGUGCCGAGGACUCUACUGAAGCCUGCUCCGAUAAUGAAUCAGAAAAUGGAACCAAUCGAAAGAAAUGCAAAAAAUUGUUUGGUUCAAGAAUAGAGCGUCAAAAUAUAAAAAUGCACCUUUAUAACUUCUCUGAGUUGAGCAACGAUCGUGAAUGGUUGUUUUCCAUAGUAUUAAGUGACACUGAAUCAGAGUCAGAACUCAGCGAUGAGGACGAUUAUAUAAAGCAGUUAUUGAAAUCUCAUCGGAAAAUGCAAAAGGAACGUGAACGCUAUUAUAAAACCCCUACUAACAAUCAGUAUACCUAUUACGGAAGUGGUUUUCUAUCCUGCAUUGACAUGCAUCCCGACCAUCAGCAGUCUAUAAUUGGUGUGCGCAAGCGUAAACGACGUGCAAAGAAUGAAAAUAAGUCAACCUUACCCAAAUUACAAAAACUGACGAAAAUUCGUAAAUCUCGCAAAAACAUUCCAAACGAUGAGCCUGAAUCUGGAGAAAUUCAUCCUUCAGAACUAAAGAACUAUGCUUUCGGUGAUACCUCAGCCGUGAAUGAUGAUGACUUAUCUGAUGAAGCUGAUGCCUAUAGUAGUGCUGCACUAUCUAGCAAAGCAAAUAGCUCAGCCGUACGUAGCAAAAGUCGUAGAAAUUUGUUGGCGUCUCCUGAAGUGUUAGCGGCACGUAGAAAACGCGUUUGGCAAUUAAUGUGUAAAAAGGAAAUAACUCGCUGUCAUCGCUUGAGGAUUAACAACCACAAGGAAGUAAUACAGAGCAGCAAGCGAGUUGCAGGUAUGUGCAUGAAAGUAGUGCGUCAGCGUGCCAUGCAAUCGCAACGUGUUAUGAAGGAAACUGUGUGGCGUGCAAAACGGCUCUCACGAGAGAUGCUGGGCUAUUGGAAACGUUAUGAACGUGUUGAGCGUGAUACGAGGAAACGUAUGGAACGUGAAGCUGAAGAACAGCGUAAAAUGGAUGUUGAAAUCAUAGAAGCUAAACGACAACAACGUAAACUUAAUUUCCUUAUCACUCAAACUGAACUGUACGCGCAUUUUAUGUCUAAAAAGCUCGGCCAGGGUACUGAAGAAGAACAACUGCGUAUAUUAAGCCAACUGGAUGACGAAAAGAAUCCACGUCUUGCUGCAUAUGAUGACUAUGACGCAGAACACAUGAAACAGCUGGCACAAAAGAAUGCAGAGACAGCGUUUAAUACUGAUCGAGUAUUAAAGCAUCAGUUUGAUGUAGCAACAAGGAUAAAAGAAGAGCAAGAAGAAGCAAUGAAAACCGAUGAAAUAACUGGACCUCCAGUAAAAGCAGACUUGCCCCAACCGACCAUAUUUAAAGGCACUUUAAAAACAUAUCAAAUCAAAGGUAUGACAUGGUUGGCUAAUCUUUAUGACCAGGGCAUAAGUGGGAUAUUAGCAGAUGAAAUGGGUUUGGGUAAAACUGUACAAUCAAUAGCAUUUCUCUGUCAUGUAGCAGAACACUAUGGAGUUUGGGGUCCUUUUCUAGUUAUAUCACCUGCGUCAACUUUACACAACUGGCAGCAGGAGUUAGCACGUUUUGUACCAGAAUUCAAUGUAGUUCCAUAUUGGGGUUCACCAAAUGAACGUAAAAUCCUACGCCAAUUUUGGGAACAAAAAGAUUUACAUACGCGAGACGCUAGUUUUCACGUUGUUAUCACAUCCUAUCAGCUGAUUGUAUCUGACUAUAAAUAUUUUAAUCGUAUAAAAUGGCAAUAUAUGGUAUUAGACGAAGCACAAGCAAUAAAAAGUGCGUCCUCAAUGCGUUGGAAAUUGUUGUUGGGCUUUAAUUGUCGAAAUCGCCUACUAUUGAGUGGCACACCGAUACAAAAUAGUAUGGCUGAACUAUGGGCUCUGCUGCACUUUAUAAUGCCAACACUAUUUGAUUCACAUGAUGAAUUUAAUGAGUGGUUCUCAAAG